AUGGCUGUUCCAACCGAGCCGACCGAGCUGCUACAUUACAUACCACAGCAUCGCGUGCUCAUAUGCAAGGAAUGUCAAUAUGCGAUUCAACCAUCUGCCAUCCCCCGCCACCUGAAGGAGAUGCACAAGAUAUACCGGUCUCACCGGCAGAGAUACAUCGAUUAUACCGACCAGCUGGACCUCGCCAAACCGGACCAUGUCAUUCUUCCUGAGGCCAAUGAGGGUCCUAUCCCUUUCUUGCCCAUCAUCGACGGCCUUGCCUGUGGGGCCAGCGGGUGUCACCACCUCUGUGCCACGGGGAAACGGAUGAAGAUGCACUGCAAUGCGGAACAUCCUGGAGUCCCAGUGGUAGAUCUCAAGGGCAACCCAGUUCAGAUGCAGACCUUUUUCCGCGGCAACCAGUUGAGAUACUUUGUAGUGCACCAACCGCAAACGAACUCUCAUCCUGAGCAACACGCAGCUGUCGAAAACAAAGAGCCCACUCCCGUGACCUCGCCAAGCUGCGACCUUCAAGAACUAGCCGCUGAAGACGUCAGGCUUCUCGAGCACUUCCAAACCUCUUUGUCCCGCGAGCUCGCAUUCGACGCAAUUAUGACGCCCUGUUGGGACACAGCGGAAUCAGGCGUAUUAGCCAGAUAUUCUUUCCUAAAACACGGCAUUCUCUCCUGCUCGGCGUUACACCUCGCGUUCCUCAACCCCUCUAAGCGUCAACGGUACCGUCUCAUGGCAGCCCACCACCAGAACAUUGCUCUCCCAGACUUCCGCUCCGCGGUGAAGCAGCCCACCGUCGACAACUGCGUCUCGCUGCUGGCCUUUACGCAGCUUCUCAUCGUGCACUGCUUCGGCGCAUCGCAGGAUGAGGACGGCGACGAUGACCUCCUGCUCGCGCACGGACAUAAUGACCCAUUUCCGGACUGGCUGCAGGUUCUCCGGAGCACUUGCCACAUAUUUAAACCUAUAGAGGGUUACGUCCGAACGCUCCCCAUUGCCAUGAUCAUGGCCGAAGAUGAUCACCAAGGCAAAAUCUCCGCCAAGUCAUAUUGUGACCCACGACUCGACAAACUCUUCAAUUUAGUCAAUCCCGACGCAUCAAAACAAGCAGGCGAACCAUUUGAGGUUCAUCACUCCCCUCUGCUAUCGGCGCUAACCCUCCUCUCGAGUGCUUUUUCCAGGGCACACGAAGCCCAAGCGCGGAAUAACUAUUCGUUGUGUGUAGCACUACAUGUAUGGCCAGUACGAGUUCCGGAUGCUUACCUAGGGCUUGUGAAACAGAGGCAUCCUGUCGCGCUUGUCCUGCUGGCGCAUUAUUGCAUAUUGCUUCUACCGCUCGAGGGAUCCUGGUACAUGAACGGGUAUAGACCCGAUGCUGGGAUUGGAAGACGCAGUAUUUCGGAUGUCAAGUCUUCAUUGUACUGA